AUGACGAGUCAGCAGACGCGCGCGCCCGUGCGGCCGAAGCGCGAGCCCAAGCCCCCGGGCGAGAUCGUCCGCUACACGCGCGAGUUCCUCCUCUCCCUGGCCGAGACCAACGUCCGCGCGCCCACGGAGCUCGAGGGCUCGACCCUCCCCCUCGUGCUCCUCACCGGGGAGCAGCGCGACCGGCAGCGGCAGCACGUCCGCGAGCUCGCGGGCGAGGGCGCCGACGCCUCGACCUGGGGCCACUCCCCGGCCUCGUUCGCCGCCGCGCAGAACCGCACUCCCGCGACGCCCGGCGCGGGCGCGGGCGGCACCGGGAACUGGGCGCCGCAGCCCGGCGGCACGCCCCGGAGCGCUGCGCGCGGGACGGACGACGCAUCCGCGCGCAUCCAGAAGGCCUCCGACGUCGGGCGCACCGCGUGGCGGCCCGUGGCGCCGGCGCACGGCAAGGAGGGCGCGCCGUCGCUGGAGCGCGUCGGGCGGCAGAUCCGCGGCAUCCUCAACAAGCUCGCGCCGGAGAAGUUCGAGCGCCUCCUCGGCCAGAUGCUCGAGAUCGUCACCACCGCGGAGGCGCUCCGCCUGACCAUCUCGCUGGUCUUCGAGAAGGCCGUCGCCGAGCCGACGUUCUGCAACCUCUACGCGGAGCUCUGCGAGGCGCUCUCGCGCGAGCUCCCCGAGUUCCCCCCGCCGGAGGGGGAGUCCCGGCCGAUCAAAUUCGUGAAGGUGCUCCUCAACACGUGCCACGACGAAUUCGAGGCCGCCCGGGACGCGCGCGAGAAGCUGCGCGUCGCCAAGCCGGAGGACGCGGCCGAGGCCGAGCGGCACGCGAAGAGCCGCACCAUGGGCACGGUCCGCCUGAUCGCGCACCUGCACCUGCGCGAGGCCGGCGACAGCAAGGUGGUGCCGAAGUGGGUGAUGUACGACGUCAUCCAGGACCUGCUCGGGUCCGGCAAGGCGACGCCGAGCGAGAUCGCGAUCGAGGCCGUCUGCGAGCUCUUCUCCAUCGCCGGGAAGACCCUGGACGCGGAGGCGGCGCCGGCGCGCAAGGGCAAGGGGGACCGCAACGCGAGCCGCGACAUGGAGCUGGACCGGCAGGCGCUGGAGAAGUCGUUCGGGCACCUGAAGAAGAUGUCCGAGGACCAGAAGCUCGCGAGCCGGCUGCGGUUCAUGAUCCGGGAGGUGCUGGACACGCGCGCCAACAACUGGGUGCCGCGGCGCGAGACGCUGCAGGCGAAGAAGCUGGACGAGAUCCACGCGGAGGCGGCGGCGGCGGGCAUCACGAUGACGCGCCCGACGCCCGCCGCGGCGCCCGCGCCCGGCGCGCCGAUCCUGCCGGGGAUGUCGCAGGGGCCUCCGCGGCCCGAGGAGGUGGCGCUGUUCCCGGCGCUGCGCGCGUCCGACGCGCUGCACGCGCAGGCCGCGCGCUCGACGAUGAACACGCACGACGGCAAGGCCUCGCGCCUCAUCGGCGACAUUGCCAUCGCCGAGCAGGUGUCGCCGCCGCAGCCCUCGGGCAACGAGCUCACGCCCGAGGAGCUCGAGAACAAGACGCGCGGCCUCAUCGAGGAGUUCGUCGCGGUCCAGGACGCCAAGGAGGCCAAGCUCUGCCUCCAGGAGGUCAACCAGCCCGGGUGGAUGCCGCAGCUCCUGCAGCAGUGCGUCUACAAGACCCUCGACCUCCUCGACGCCAAGUCGCAGGGCGCCGUGUGCCGCCUGAUCGAGCUGGCCGUCACGGAGAAGUUCCUGGGCAAGGACGACGUCGUCGCGGGCCUGGAAAGCUUCUUCGAGAUGUUUGAGGACCUCAAGAUGGACUAUCCGAAGGCUCCGGAGCAGCUGGGGAUGGUCACGGCGACGCUGAUGAAGUGCGGGGUGUUCCCGGCGUCGGCCGUCGCGGGCGGGCUGUCCAAGGUCGAGGACAUGUUCGACCGGCGCGAUCUCGCCGCGGCCAUCCUGAAGCAGGCGCAGGACAAGAUGGGCGCGCAGGCGCUCGCGACGAGCUUCCGGGAGGAGGGCCUGAGCGCGAGCGCGUUCCUGGCCGCCGACCCGGAGCGCGACGGCGAGCAUCCUGACGUGGCAGACUUCCUGAAGGAGCACGGUCUGACGGGCGUGCCGGUCUAA